GUUACACACAAUUCAGGCAAAUAUUUAGUCACACACAGCCAAGUUUCAGUAAAUAUGUUGCUAAAUUCACAGUUGUUUCUUUUCCAUUUCAGAUUUCUUAAAUGUAAUACCGAGGUAGACGUCCUUGCUGGCUAGCACUUUGCGGUUGCACUACUACGAAUAAUAAUGUUACUACCGAAAGUCACCAAAAGCUGCACUUGCGUACGGCACACAUCGAAAAACAACUGCUAUACAGAGGAUGACAAAAUGACUUUGAACACACGUAAUGAGGACACGCAUAUUGAGCUGUUUAACACACUCAAUCAAGCUUCGUCAAGUAUACUAAAAAUUUUGUGUUACGUAAAUCAUCACGUUGAGCUUGACAAGAUGGCCGACAAAGGUAAUGCUCGAAAAUUCUACGAAAGGAUGCGGCGACUAACAGAAGGUUUCAAGACCGGAGCAUACUCUUGUAGAACCCCCAAAGGUGAUCUAGUAACCGAUGUUCAGAGCAUUCUGAAAUUAUGGAAGGAACAUCUCUCCAGCCUGCUGAAUGGCAGUGAAAGCAUUACGCCAAGAGAAGGCGAACCCGAUUACCCAAUUGAUCACGAUGGAGCAGACGUUCCAUUGCCCGAACAUGAAGAAGUUUGAAUAGCAAUUACCCGUCUGAAGAACAACAAAGCGGCGGGAGCUGAUGGAUUGCCGACAGAGGUAUUCAAACACGGCGGCGAAGAACUGAUAAGGAGCAUGUAUCAACUCCUUUGUAGAAUAUGGACGGACGAAAGCUUCCACAAAGAUUGGAAUUUAAGUGUGCUCUGCCCAAUCCACAAAAAGGGAGACCCCACGAUCUGCGCCUACUACCGUGGGAUAAGUCUCCUCAACAUCGCGUAUAAGGUUCUAUCGAGCUUAUUGUGUGAAAAAUUAAAGCCCACCAUCCACAAACUGAUUGGACUUUAUAAGUGUGGCUUUUGGCCUGGAAAAUCCACAACCGAUCCACACCAUGCCCAAAUUUUGGAAAAGACCCGUGAAAAGAUGAUCGACACCACCUCUUCGUCGAUUUUAAAGCUGCUUUUGACGGAAUGAAAAGGAUCUGCCUUAAUGCCGCUAUGUCUGAAUUUGGUAUUCCCGUAAAACUAAUACGGCUGUGUAAACAGACGUUGAGCAACACCAAAAGUUUCGUCAGGAUCGGGAAGGAAGGCGACUUCAUUUCGUGUGACUUCUUCAAUAUACUGCUGCAGAAAAUAAUUCGAGCUGCAGAACUUAAAAGAGAAGGUAGCAUCUUCUAUAAGAGUGUACAGCUGCUGGCGUACGCCGACAAUAUUGAUGUCAUUGGCCUCAACACCCGCGCCGUUAGUUCUGCUUUCUCAGCAGAAAAGAGAGAUGUUACAUAAAGAUAUGAUGAAAAUGAAUGAAAUUCUGAAAAAAUUUUGGUUACGUCUGUUUAGAGGUAAGACAUUUCAAGCAACAUUAGAGGCUACCAUGGCAAUUUAAAUUUUAAAAACAAUUGAUAUGUAAACGUUUGCAGUAACAUGAUUUAAAGUUUAAGUUGCUGUACUUAUUGCAUUUAAAAAUCCAUGUAAUCAGUUAUUUUUAAAUAAAAACUAGGGUUUGUUA